CAGAAUUAUUUUUCUCCAUUUGACGCAUUAAGCCUAUUGUAAUAAUGAUUAUCCAGAAGUAAAACCAAUUUAAGCUAAUUAAAUUUGUUUAUUACGCCAGACGAUUGUCUUACAAUUCGUCGUAGUUGCGUCUGAAUCUAAUAAAACUUGUGAACCAUCAAAAUGACUAUCGAAGGCAACAAGGACGAAGCAGAUAGGUGUAUAGAAAUUGCGCAAAAUGCAUUUACUGCUGGAAACGCAGAGAAAGCUGAACGUUUUUUGCUGAAGGCCGAGCGAUUAUAUCCUACAGCGCGAGCCAAAGAACUAUUAACGCGAGUCAGAGCUGCGGGUAGUACGGGAAGUGUGCCCAAACGUACACCUCCGAGCAGCCCUAGUGCGGAAGAUAUACGAAGAAGGAAACCUCCUACACAUCAACCUCCUCAAAGGGAAUAUACUUCGGAGCAGCUAGAAGCCGUACGCAGAGUGAAAACCAAGUGUAAGGAUUACUAUGAAGUUCUAGGAGUAACCAAGGAGGCAACAGACUCUGACAUAAAGAAAGCUUACAAGAAGUUGGCACUUCAGCUCCAUCCAGACAAGAAUCACGCUCCUGGAGCUGCCGAAGCAUUUAAGGCAAUAGGCAAUGCGGCAGCCAUCCUCACAGACCCAGAGAAGCGAAAGCAGUACGACCUGCGUGGUGAUGAGCCGACCCACACGACUCACACUCACCAUCAGUACUAUGCACGAGGCUUUGAGUCAGACCUCACCGCUGAGGAGCUCUUCAACAUGUUCUUUGGUGCUGCCGCAUUCCCCGGCGGCGGUCCCACCGUCUACACUCGCAGACGAGCUCGCGAGCCCGAACCGAGAGACAGCCACGCCGGCAUCGUUCAGCUAUUACCGGUCCUGGUGCUGGUGCUCCUCUCCAUGAUGUCCGGCUUCUUUAUUAGCGAACCGGUGUACAGUCUCAGUCCGAGCCCGAAAUAUCCCGUACCGAGAGAGACUGUCAACCUAAAGGUGCCGUACUAUGUGAAGGAGAACUUCCACACAGAUUAUCAGGGAUCAUUGAGGAGACUCGAGAUGGCCAUCGAAGAGGAAUAUAUAGUGGGGCUGCGGCACGCGUGCCAGCGGGAGCGCAACUACCGCGACAGCGUGGCGUGGAAGGCGCGCAACUUCGGCGACUCGCGCCACUCGGCCGACGCGCAGCGCCUGCGCAUGCCGUCGUGCGAGAAGCUGCAGCAGUUCCAGCGGUAGGCGCGCCGGCUCCGGCGGUAGGCGGACCCUCAUGUUAUCAAUUUUGUUUUAAUCGUUCGAAUCGUUUAACGGAUUGUAUAUUAUUGCUUUUUUAUUUGAUUAUUCUGCAUUUUUUUCUUGGUUAUGAACUUUUGGAAAGUGUAGCGCUUAGUGUUAGCCCCUCUACUGGCCGUUCCGACUCACCCUCGUAGACAAAUCAUUCCAUUAAGAGUCCAAUUUUCCCGCACCUCCUCCAUGAGCUAUUUAUCGACACUAUGUAUCAAAUUCCGGUAUAUUGACGUCGUAGUACUUUUAUUUAUUUAAAAUAUUUAUUCAAAAAAAAAAAUUUAUUGUAGACCGAUAUCGGAGUUAGCAAAUACAAAAUUGACAAAUAAAACACAUGUGUCCAACUUUUUUUAUGUCUGCUUAAUUACUAAAUAUUUUUCAUUCGAAUUUUUCUUGAUAAUAUCCCAGGGAUAUGGACUUCGCCUAACCGUAGUUAACACUCUGGGUCAUUUUAACCCCACAGAAAAAACUUGGACUUGAAUCGUCGAAAUGGUUAUUGAAUGAAUUUAUAAUUAACGAAUAGCAAUAAACAGCAAUGAAAAAAAAAUAGCAACAACUGAGAACAAACUAAGACUAAUGAUCUAUAUUUAAUGGCAAUCCCAAUCAUUUAAAAGUUCACAAAAGAUUCGUGAAACUUGCAUCUCCUAUAUACUUAUGAUGCACCAUAGCGAUGUCACAGACACGCCCCGCAUAAAGUAUACGCGCCACACACGCACCAGGAAGAAGAGGGGGGAGGGGUACGAGCAAGAGAGAGCGUCAUGUGGUUUGCCGUGACGGCUUAUUGUUAGAAUUAGUAACUUAAAAUUACACUGCCCUGUUUCAACGCCUUAAAUAUAUACUCAUGUUAUAAAUGCGUCAGUCUGUCUGUUCGCCACGGCUAAACCACUAUAUGAAGCAUGCUUGUACCCUGGGGAAGGACAUCAGCUACUUUUUACACUUAUAACAAACCUCUAAACUAAUAAAUAUGAAAAUUAUAAAUAUCUGUACUAAAACGCGCACGCAUGUAUGGAUUAAUAUCUCAUGUCCCCCUAGGGAGUAUUUGUACAUGUUGGGAAGUCCUAUUCUAGAGAUACAGCGGUCAAUAUUCAGCUUUUUCAACUACAGUCUACAAGACGAAUUGUUUUUCUAUCUCACCCCAUUACCAUUAGUGUUUAUUUCAGAUCUAAACCAAGUAUGUUAAGUUUAUUUUCAAAAUCAAUGAGAAAUAAUUAAGAUAUUGCCCGUUAGUCCAAAGGGUUGUAAGUAAAUAUAAGAUUUUAUUUUUUAUCUGUGAAAUAUUCUAUUUUAUGUGUAUAGUUACCAUGGCAAUGGAAUAUUUGUGAGUAAUUUGCGGAAGAGGGUAUUCCCUCCGCCCUUAUGCGAUUUAUACAAAGGUUUACCUGGUGGUAUGGCUAUGUGAAAGCCGGUGUGGGUGGUACCAUCCAAUCAAAUAUUCUACCGCCAACCAGCUUAGUAUUAUUGUGUAGAAUAAGACAGGCAGUGUAACUACAGGCACAAGUGGCAUUGACGAUAUAAGGGAUGGUUAAUAUUUCUUACAAAAUACAGGAGGUGGUGACCACUUAACAUAAAGUAUCCAAUUGGCCAGUCUGCCUGUCUAUUUGAAGAAAAAGACGGUUACGUUGUUGACAAUUAAAGCUUGCAGGGUAUUGUAUCAUGUCCUGUCUAUCAUUGCAAAAACUUCAUAUAUAUGUAUAUUUAUUGGUUAUAUUAUUAUAUAUUUAAUAGUUUCUAUUUUACAUGUUAAAAUAUUUAUAAGUUAUUAGCAAAACCCGGCAUAUGUUACUCUGUCUGUGUAUACAGUUAUUCGUGACGAUCGGUUACGGUAUAGAAGAUACAUUGCAGCGCCAUCUAGUGUUGUAAUUCUGCAAGUAGCAAUACUUAUUCUUAUUAUGAUCCGGUUCGAAGGGUGAGGCAGCCAGUGACUGUAGACAAUUACAUCUUAGUUUCCAAGGUUGGUGAAUGAAUUGCAUGCAUUGAUGAAGAUGAAUUAUUACUUACUGGCUAUACACAGUGGUGACCACUUACCAUCUUGUGGUACAUCUUCCUACCUACCUAUUUUAUGUUAAUAAAAAUCGAAUAAUCAUUUUUCUAAAGAUAGGACAAAUUUAUCUUAAAUUGUUUCUGAAACCCAAUAUCUUAUUAAUGCUUAUGCUACAUACGACCAUUUGAAUUAAGAGCAAUAUAUUAUAUUAUUAGGAAGUAAAAGUAUGAUGGUUUUAAGCAAAGUUUAAGUUCAAGCACGUGUGUUGGAAUUCACGUGUGAUGAAAGUAAUAAAAUAUAUGAAAGAAAUAUUUGCUAAUCAGGCGUUGUUUACGGGAGUUUUGUUUGAUGGUUGCCGUUUUGUUAUAGAUUGUCUAUGGUGAAUGUUUAAUUUGAUGUAUAAUAAAGUAUAAUUUAUUCCC